CGCUCAAUCAGUUUGACGUUUCGUUCGACUGCAUCGGUUGGUUAAGAAUAUUUACCAAGCGAUUUAAUAUUUAUUUUCAUUAAAAUUAAUCGUGAAAACUAGUAACAAUACAGUGUUAAUAAAAUAGUGUUUAAAAACAUUAAAUUACAAUGUUGCGAUAUUUAUUAGAUAAAUUUUGGGACGAAGAUAUUUGGCUGCCGCCGAAUACUACUUGGGAUGAUUUGGCUCCAGGGCCCGAUAAACCCGUAGUUUUAAAUGAUCACACACAUCUUCUUUAUCCCAUACCUUUGGCAUUGGUACUUAUAAUUAUACGACAUAUGUUAGAAAAAUAUUGGUUUGCACCGUUCGGCAAGUCAUUAGGUAUUAAGAAUACAAGAUCAAAAAGAGCACCAAAUAAUCCGAAACUAGAAGCGGCAUAUCAGGCUUCAUCGAAAAUUAGACAUAAGCAGUUCUAUUUAAGUGAGGAACAGGUAUGUGGUCUCGCGAAGCAGUUGGAUAUGACGGAGCGUCAAGUGGAGCGCUGGUGGCGGCUGCGGCGGUCGCAGGACAAACCCUCAACUCUUGUCAAGUUCUGCGAAAAUUCAUGGCGUUGUAUUUUCUACUUGUAUAAUUUCUCCUACGGGUUAUUCGUGCUGUGGGACAAAGUAUGGUUUUGGGAAAUUGAUCAGUGUUACGUUGGAUACCCUUAUCACGGUAUAACUAACGAUAUUUGGUGGUAUUAUAUGAUAUCGACGGCGUUCUAUUGGUCGUUGACUAUCAGCCAGUUCUGGGAUGUACGGCGUAAGGACUUCUGGCAGAUGUUUGUGCACCAUAUAACGACUAUAGCGCUACUGUCGUUCAGCUGGGUGUGCAAUAUGCACAGGAUUGGUACUCUAGUGCUAGUGAUACACGAUUGUGCUGAUAUUCUAUUAGAUGCAGCGAAAGCGACGAAAUACGCGAAUUAUCAGAAGUUGUGCGAUACGUUGUUUGCGGUGUUCACACUGGUCUGGAUUAUCACCAGGCUGGGGAUAUUCCCCUUCUAUAUUAUAUGGAGUACUGCCAUCCGAGCGCCAAUGCUGCACCCGAUGUUUCCCGCGUACUAUAUCUUCAACUCCCUGCUUUGUCUGAUGCUGGGUCUGCACCUCGUGUGGACGUGGCUCAUCCUGCAGGUCGCGUACAAAGCCAUCACCGCGGGCAAGCUGGACGGUGACAUCCGCAGCUCCAGCUCGGAGCUGAGCGACAGCUCGCAUCUCUCCAACCACAGCACGCCCAGUCGUGCGCAACCACACGCCAACGCCCACACCAACGCCAACACCAACACCAACGCCAACGCCAACACCAACGCCAACAAUCACAAAGAUAAAUAAAUGACAAGCAAAUCAAAAAGAUCGAAGUCCUCUUUAGUGAACAUCAACACAUGCGUGUACUGUUUUUUUUAUAUUUAUUUAUAUAAGUUUUUUUUAUCCUCCAGUUAUGCUGUGCAUAUUCACGACCAAAUAUGUAACUAAGAACGUAAAAAAUCUAAUCCUGGGGAUAUUUUGAUAUUUUUUAUAUUUUUUUCUAAAGUGAAAA